AUCUUUAAAAACAAUCGAAUAGUUGCAUUUUACUUGGCUCAAUUGUUUCAUCAUGCAUCGUUCUAAAACAGCGUUGAGCUUGCUGCAGAAGGUGGACAGAUUAAGAACGACCACCGGAACGACAACGUUAGUGAGUCGAAUGCAUACCGUUUAUGUUCAACAUCCAUCACAAACCCGCCUAGCGUGGACUUUAUACACGGAUCGAUCGGGGACCAGCUUGAACCGACGAGAAUUUUCCACUACCGACACGGCACGUGUGGAGGAACCAACUGAGAACGAGAAAAAGCUGUCCCAGGAAGUUGAAGACCUACGCAAAGAAGCGGCCGAACUGACGGAAAAAGUCAAAUCCCUCGAUGACAAAUACAAACGUGCUCUGGCAGAGAGCGAAAACAUCCGGAGGCGACUGACUAAGCAGAUCGAUGAUGCAAAACUGUUCGGUAUUCAAGGAUUCUGCAAAGAUUUGUUGGAUGUAGCGGAUAUCUUGGGCCACGCCACGGAAGCAGUACCUAAAGAGGAGGUUUCAGAAAAGAACCCACACCUGAAGAAUCUUUUCGAGGGACUCUCGAUGACGCGCCAACAGCUAAACAGCGUAUUCAAGCGGCACGGGUUGGAAGCAGUUAAUCCGUUGAAUGAAAAAUUCAAUCCAAACCUACACGAGGCAUUGUUCCAGCAGGAGGUCGCGAACGUCGAACCGAACACGGUUGUCGUCGUUAGCAAGAUCGGUUACAAGCUGCAUGACCGCUGCAUACGCCCGGCACUCGUUGGAGUUGCAAAAGGAUAAAUGUUAAAUACAGAAAAAAAACACAAAACAACGAGCCCACGAGGCAAGGAGUGUCGUGCUUCAAAUCCUGAAGAGAAGGCUACGCAAGUAAUUCCAUAAUAAAACCAUGUGUUUCGAAUGUACAACCACUGGACCCUAUGUUAUGUCAUGCUGAUUACCUUGAUAAGAGUGGUUUCUGGUUGUCCGAAAUAAACUGCACAUUAUAAAUGUACAAACCUAAAACACCUAAGAAUUACUUUAAACAGAGAACUGAAUCCAAUGAAAAACACGU